GUUUAUGAUGUCCUCGAUAUGCGACAUGAUCUUGAUGAAAAGUUUAAAGGUAAUCUAGGAAUGGCUUCAGCUAUUGUGGUUGGCGAGGGGAAGCUAGCAGCGGUUAUAACAAAACUCUUAUGCUCUAACGGAACUCCCGUUGCUCUGUUCGGUGCCAAGAAGUCCACUAGGGAUACUAUCGAAUCCAUGCUACAAGAGCAUGUGGAAAAAUCAUAUCCGUUACUUUUUAUUGACGAUCUCAGACACCAGAAGGAUAUGCUAUCUCGCCUUCUGGAAAACUUGCGAAUGACGGAUGACGUCUCGCGCCUCUUCGGUGAGGUUAUUGUUGACGCCACAAAAGGCCACAACUCGGCUUUAAUCAGGGCUGUUCGUCGUUUUGUACCCGAUGCACCAGUGGUGAGUCUUGAUGGCAACGUCACAGAUGAGAAGACCGUAGGCGUUCACGUCUACGAACCCUCGAAACUGAUCUCCUUCGCAAAAGCAACGAAAGUCAUUGAGUUUGCGAUCGAAGUCCUAGUCAGAGCAAGAUAUCUCGAGAUCAUUGAAGCAAUCCAUACAGCCGUCUUUGUCCCACAAAAAACGUACAAUGCGACUUAA